AUGUCAGCAAAGGUAUAUUCGCACGCUAAACAUGAUGAUGUUGCCAACGCAGUUGGUAAGCACAUUUUGAAAAUUCAAGAUGAAUCAUUAAAAUCAUCAUCGACAUUCAAAAUUGCGUUAUCGGGUGGAUCAUUAGGAAAAGUUUUGAAGCAGUGCUUAAUUGACAAUUCAACAAUUGCACCAAAUGUACAAUGGGAUAAAUGGGAGGUUUAUUUUAGUGACGAAAGAUUGGUGCCAUUAGAUCAUCCUGAUUCUAACUAUGGAUUGUUUAACGAAAUGGUCUUGUCGAAUUUACCAGCUAGUACCACAAAGCCUAAGGUCAAAACCAUUGACGAAAGUUUAUUAACUGGUAAGGAUGGACAAGUUGAAUCUUCUUCUUUACUGAAAGACCAGGAAAUUGCUAAGAGUUACGAAGCAUCUUUGCCUGAAAACGCAAAAUUCGACUUGAUUCUCUUAGGAUGCGGUCCUGAUGGCCACACCUGUUCAUUAUUCCCAGAACAUAAACUUUUGCAAGAAAGAAACGAAUUCAUCUCAAGUAUCAAUGAUUCUCCAAAACCACCUCCAAGAAGAAUUACUUUUACUUUUCCAGUGUUAGAAAGAGCUACUUCAAUUGCCUUUGUUGCUGAGGGUGCUGGUAAGGCUCCAAUUUUGGAAGAAAUUUUCACUAAUAAGUCAAGUAAAUUGCCAUCUAAGUUAGUUAAUGAUUUGGAUACUGGAGUCGAGGUUCUGUGGUUUGUUGACGACAGUGCAAUUGAAGGUAUCAACGUGAUCUCUUCGAAAUACUAA